GAAGCCAUUAACCGUGGAAAAGAUGCCUAUCACGAUUUCCCUUUUGAAUGCCAAUAUCGGAGGCGGUCGUCGCUUACGAAAUUUUCGCCUAUUUUCGUCCAGUUUGGUCAGUCCACAGUUCUACCUGCCCAAGUCAACUACCUACCUAAUUCUAAUUGAGGUUUACCGGUACAUUUUUUCGUCAAUCUGCUAACACAGCACGAAAUGUGCUAAACAUUUCAAUUUAUUAAACCGAUUAAAAAUUGAUCAGUUCAGCGAAUCGUUAGUCUUUAGUCUGCGUUCAUUAGGCGACCUUCUCCUAUGUUAUCUAUGACGAGGCACAUGUUUUAAAACAUUAGUGAUAAAUUCUUCAAACGAAGUUUACCGUAACCUGCAAGCAUGGGGACCCGGAGUCUUUUAAAAGACUGUUGGAUACAGAUUCUGGCCACUGUACUAGCCUUCACCAGGGCGAAUUUCUGGAAACCAUUUUCCUGUUUGGUGGUGUUGCAGGAUUGCCAGCUUCAAUAUUCGUGGUGAAUCGCUGCGGCCGUAAACUGUCAAUGAUAAUUUCCUCCUUCGUGGGAUGUUUGUGCUGGAUAAUGAUCCUCUGCACCUACAGCCUGCACGUGGUUUACGUAGCCCGAUUCUUCAGCGGGAUGGCUGGAAAUAUGGUCUUUAUCGGAGCCCCCAUGUAUAUAGCGGAAAUAGCGGAACCUCGGAUUAGAGGGUUUCUAUCAGCCUCCAUUUACACCAUGAUGUUGCUGGGGUUUGUGCUCGUUUACGCCGCUGGAGCUUUGCUACCCUUCUAUGUGGUUCCAUGCAUGGGGAUUGUGUUGACUUCUCUGCAGGUUUUAAUAUUCCCUUUCAUGCCCGAGUCUCCAUAUUUUUAUGUGUAUACGAAUCGCGAUGAAAAAGCCCAUAAAGCUCUGGCGAGAUUGAGAUCGAACAGUUCGAACAUCGACAAGGAAAUCGAAGAAAUCAAAAUCGGCAUAGAGAGGCAGAAGAGCGAAAAGGGCAGGCUGCAGGACAUGAUUUUGAUCCGAAGCAAUCGCUAUGCGUUGUUUGUGAUGCUGGUGCUGAACUGCACUCAGCACUUUGCAGGAAUUAGCGUGAUCCUGAUGAAUUUCCACUCGAUUCUUGCAGAAGCUGGAUCGAUCUAUGUGAGCACUGCUAUAUCAGCUAUUUUCUUUGCAAUUAUUAUGCUGACGGCCGUCACCUUGGCGUCCAUGAUCAUGGAUCGAUUUGGAAGGAAAUUCCUGCUGAUCACUUCAGGACUGUUAACCGGAACAGCUCUUUUGAUAAUGACGAUUUACUUCCACUUGAAAAACACUGGCCAUGACGUCCAGUCCAUCAGCUGGAUCCCUAUAGUCUGCAUCAUGUCUUAUGCAGCGACAUUUAAACUAGGACUGGGAAUCGUCCCCAUUGUGGUAACAGCGGAGAUUUUUUCCUCCAAAGUUAAAGCUAUGGGAAUGACCAUUGCUGACCUUUUCUACGUCCUUCCAGCCAUCAGUUCCAUUCACGUCUACUCGGUUCUAGUGGAAAAUUACGGCAUCCAUGUACCGUUUUAUGUGUUCAGUGCUUCCAGCUUCCUAGGAGUGAUACUUAUUUACCUCUACGUACCGGAAACCAAAGGAAAGACCUUGGAAGAGAUUCAGCUGAUGCUCAAAGGGCAUAACAAGAAGCAAGUGGAUAGUGAUAAAUUUGUGCGUACGGCACUAGUGAGCUGAAGAAUAAUAAUUCAAUUCUUAUAGCAAUAAGCAAUUUAAAAUAAUAGGAAAUAUUGUUGUGGUUGCUCAGUGUACGCAACUGCAAACAAAUGGAUAAUAGGUAACUUUGCCAACUUAAGCUAAGGUGCUUAACCAAAGUUUCUUCAAAUCAAGGUGAUAUUAAUUAAAAACGUGGUUAUAUAAACAAAUUGUCAUGGCAAUAAAAUAUCUUCAUGUUUC